CGUCGCGUUUGCCUUGGAAAUAGGACGACGGUCAUUCAGCCGAAUUAUCGCAGAUAACCGUCCACCAUGUGACGAAGGCCAAACUGGAAGUGGACAUAGCAAAGAAGAGUUAAAAAAAAACAAAAUUCGUUGUUGUGCGCUAGUGAUUGUUUGGUGAAGUGCACAAUGUCGCUGACAUGCCGAGUGCAGUAUUUGAAUGACAUUGAUCCGUUCUCGUACACGACGAAUUUCCCGGAUCCCGCAAGACCUCCGGUGCAUACGUUUAGCGUCACCUUACCGCUAAUCAACCAGCUGGCAGCGGUCCACCGGCUGCUUAAUUCUCCGCACAGGUUGGAUGAUGCGGCACUUCAGUUGUACAAAGAUGGAGAUUAUGGCUCUUACCUUGACCUCGAAGCCUCUAUAAGCGAACAGCAAGAGGAGUUUGAGGGGUUUCAAUCCAACAAAAAGAAUUCCAUUGUUCUUCGAACUCAACUAUCAGUGAGGGUACAUACUAUUAUAGAAAAAUUAUUAACUUCCGAGGGUCGUGAACUUCGUCGUGCCCUUUUUUCUUUGAAACAAAUCUUCCAGGAAGACAAGGAUUUAGUUCACGAGUUCGUCCAAAACGACGGUCUAUCAUGCCUCAUAAAGGUCGGAUCAGAGGCAGAUCAAAACUACCAAAAUUACAUACUGCGCGCCCUUGGGCAAGUUAUGCUGUAUGUUGACGGCAUGAACGGUGUCAUGGACCACAACCCCACCAUCCAGUGGUUGUAUAGUUUGAUAUCGUCAAAGUUUAGAUUGGUGGUUAAAACUGCCUUAAAACUAUUGUUGGUUUUCGUGGAGUACACAGACUCCAACUGUAUGCUUCUAAUUAAAGCCAUACAUGCUGUAGAUUAUUCUCAAGGAUUAUUGCCGUACCAUAACAUAAUGAAGUUAUUGAAGGAUUUUGACUCUGCGGAUACUGAAUUGUUAAUUUACGCAACCACGUUAAUCAAUAAACUUCUUAAUGGUGUUCCGGAUCAAGAUACUUAUUACGAUCAGGCAGAUAUUCUCGAAGAACAAGGAAUCGAAGGGAUUAUACAAAGAUAUAUGUCUAAACCAGGAACAGACUUGGAUCUUCUCCAACAGUUUCAAAUUUAUGAAGCGGUUCUUCAGUAUGAAGAUGGAGAAGAAAUGGGUAUUCCCAAUAGACAUUUGGAUGAGAACAUACGUAAAACUUUACGUAGCAGAAAAUCUGUUGGGCAUACAACGGAACGAAGGAAGAGCAGACGUCAUUCAACAGGAAAUACUCCAAUGUAUGGAGGUUUAAACAACCGCUUAAAUAACAACAAAAUUAUCAAAGAUGAUGACGAAUCCUCGAGUUCACAGUCAUCUGAAAUCAAUUCGCAACUCAAUGGUAGCUACAAGGAUAGUAACAAAGCUGUUGAUGCUGGAGUAACACCUGCUCUAAAAAGAAGAAGAGAAAGGGCCGAAAGGCAAAGAAGCUUUAUGCGGGAGCAGCAAGAAUCUGUGGCUCUUCUUAGAAACAAUUUGAAGGAAGAUGAAAAUAAUAAAAACAACGAAAACGGAAAUUUCACUAAUGCCUUGCAACAAAGAAUUGCAAAUGGAAACGUACUCAAUGGAAAUUACAUUAGAAAAGAUUUGACACCUUUACUUAACGCUGUGAACAAAAUGGAUUCUGAAGAGAGCCUGACAAAACAACCAUGGAUUAUGUCCAUGAUACAAAAUCAAGAGAACUUAACGCAUCAUCCAGAUUCAAUAAUAACGAACGAAAACGACCGGGAUAUGAUAUUGGAACUGCGCAGAGAAAAUACCGUUAAAGAUCUAACUCAAAAAUUAGCUAACCAAAAUAUUUUGCAUAGCCCAUCUGAAGACAGCAAAGUCAAUAGAAUGGGGGACAUGUCAGGACUAAUAUCCAAAGCCAAAGAAGGUCUUGCUAAAUCCAAAUCCAAGGCUGACGUUCUGAAAAGCCCAACCAGUGAAUCUAUGCCAAAAUUAGAAAAUAAAAAAUCUGAAAACGAGCUUAGAUGGGAGGAACUUCUAGCCAACCUAAACAGACCCUUAAACUUAUGUGAUAUGGACUUUACUGACUUGGCAUCAGAUGAUGAAAACGACGUUUUGGUACCUGCUGCUGUUCUCAAUGGAAUCCCGCCUCCACCUCCUCCAUUAAGGAAUUUGGGACCAGCACCUCCCCCACCUCCUUUGGGCAACAAAAUCCCCCCACCAAUUCCACCACCUGUUUUUGGGGUCAGCUUACAGAGGCCAAGUAAACUAAGUGAUACUAAGAUUCCUAUUAAGAAAAAUAAGAAGACGGUUAAAUUGUUUUGGAAAGAAGUUCGCGAUGAUCCAGUUUCAGCCAUAAAACUAAAGUCUGGAUUUAUUUGGGAUGAAUUGAAUCCGGUUAAUGUUGAUACGCAAAAAUUGGAGCAUUUGUUCGAAUCCAGGGCUAAAGAUUUAAUAUCUAAGAAACAACAAGAAAUGAAUAAAAACAAAGAAAUCAUAGUCCUUGAUCCGAAACGUUCAAAUGCCAUAAAUAUCGGUAUGACCAAGCUUCCUCCACCCAGAUCCAUUAAGACCGCCAUUCUAAAAAUGGAUGCAACCAUCAUGAACCGCGAGGGUAUAGAAAAGUUACUAACAAUGCUGCCAACCGAAGAAGAACGAACCAAAAUCCAAGAAGCCCAGGCUGCAAACCCAGAUUUACCUUUGGGAAGCGCCGAACAGUUUCUUUUGACUUUGGCGUCCAUAUCUGAAUUACCAGCCAGGUUAAAGUUAUGGGCUUUCAAAUUGGACUUCGAAAAUUCAGAAAGAGAAAUAGCUGAGCCCCUUAUGGACUUAAAGCAAGGCUUUGAAGUUCUGAAGGUCAACAAGACUUUUAGGGGUAUUCUUAGUACAUUGUUAUCCAUUGGUAAUUUCUUGAAUGGGAAUGAAGUUAAAGGUUUCCAGAUUGAAUAUCUGGCAAAAGUACCUGAAGUUAAAGAUACUGUUCACAAGCAUUCAUUAUUACAUCAUCUUUGUCACAUUGUUAUGGAUAAAUUUCCCGAUGCAACUGAUUUAUAUUCGGAGAUUGGCGCAAUUACAAGAGCUUCCAAGGUAGAUUUCGAUGAAUUAACCUUAAACAUACAACGGCUGGAAUCUGAUUGCAAGGCUUCAUGGGAUCAUUUAAAAUUAAUCGCAAAACAUGACGGAUCAACGAUGAUGAAAGUAAAAAUGUCCGACUUUUUGGCUGAUUGUGCCGAACGGAUUAUACUGUUGUCAAUUAUACAUAGAAGAAUAAUUAAUAGGUUUCAUAAGUUUUUAUUAUGGUUGGGAGUUCCUCUACAUCAAAUAUCUGAUACGAAACCAAACGAGUUUUGUAGAAUAAUUUCGGAGUUUGCUUUAGAGUAUAGAACCACAAGAGAAAGAGUAUUGCAACAACUUGAAAAAAAAGCAAAUCAUAGAGAAAGAAAUAAAACUAGAGGAAAAAUGAUUACAGACACUGGUAAAUUCAGAACAAAGGAGGACCGUGCUGAUGCAGAACUGAGACAGCUGCUGGGCAGUGACAUGUCUGAAGUGGAGAGUAUGCAGGGUACAUUGCCUUGGAGGCGAACGCGCAGAGACGAUAACCGAUUGUUUAUGAGUCCCGGAAAUGGAAAUAUGACCGAUGGUGAUGACGAACUUCUGGAAACUUUGGUAAAAACCGCCACCAAAGGAUCUUCAAGAACUGCACCGAGAGAAAGAAAAAGAACGAGGCAUGCUGAUAGAAAAUCUUGUGUAGAUAAAUCUUCUUUAUUAGAGGUGCGACGAACAUUAAAGAAUGGUCUUUCAGAGGAAGAGAAGAAACAUCUAUCAGCAUACAUUAAAGGAUACUAACACUGCGAAACCAAAAUACCUUAGUGCUAAACCCUAUUCAAGAAAAUUAAUUAAUUUAUUGAUCAAAAUGCAUCUGAAAGAUGUAAAUUUAGUAUACUGACUUUGUUAUGUGAUAAAUAUAUGGCUGCUCACUCAUCUUGUUGUUUUGUACUAUUUAUGAGUAAAUUUUUAAGUUAAAAUUAAAUUAGGAAUAAGCUUUAUUUAUUUUAUGGGAUGAGGACAGCUGUUUAACUGUAUUAAUUUGUGCCUUUUUCAAUGGCUACUAGUCUUUGGUUUUACACAUUACAAUGUUUCUUUAUUUUUAACUUAUUCUUUAUAAGUUUUAGUAGCUGAUAUUGUUUAAGAGUAUUGACUGUUCUUGACCUGCCUAUAUCUUAUUUUUAAGAUUAUUUUUUAUUUCUUUUUCAUUAUUGCUGUGUUUAUAUUACUACUAUUUAAGUGUUCAUAUAAUCUAAU